GUAAUUUGUAGUUUCUUCAACGAAACAUGAAAUGAUUGAAGUGUCAAGACAAGAGUUCAAAUGAAACUGUGAGAGGAAGUGCCAGAUUUUUUUUUAUCAGUUUUCCUUCCCGUGAAUACCUUUUUGCAUUUUUAUUUUAGUUACUGGUUGUCAUUCACUGAUUGACUCUGUUCGAAAUGGAAGGCACCAUUGAAACUUUGCGGAAACUUGGACAGCUUCGCUUGAAGAGUGACCAAGAUUUGAAAGCUCUCCAAAAUUUUGUGGAGAAUGAAAACUUCAAGAAUAUCACUCUGCUUGUCAAGAGUACCAUGAACGGUCCCGAUGGAUCGCUGUUAUUAAGUUACAUUUUAUGCGGGCUCUCAGAUAAAAAAGAAUCUGAGGAAAAACGAUUCAAGCUAACUGAGGUGCUACUCAAUGAAUUUCACUCCAAUGAGCAGUCCACCAAAACAACCACACUAAUAGUGAAUCUCCUCGCCCAGGAAAUCAAAAAAUUUUCCUUCACCUAUUUGUCAAAGUUAUCUGACAUAUGUGUUGAAAAUAUUCGUGCAGCCAAAGAUAAACCAUGCACCAGUUGGCGAGAACUCCUUCCAAAAAUAUUGAAUGUUUUGAAUGAAAAACGAAUUGUCGUUUAUGAUGGCAUUGAAAUGUCUGGCGCAGAGUAUAAAGGACAGAUCAUCAAUACUAUUUGCACCAGUCGUUUGGAUCACUCAAUUAUUACACCUUUGACUUCAAUGUUCAAUGAGAUUGUGUUGACACAAGAAGAGCAUGAAAAAGUGGUCAAGAAGUUAUGCAGCUUAAUGGAAAAAGCUCCGAGUUGCCAAGAACUGCCUCCACUCGUCAACCAACUGUUGCAACUAUGCAGGGAUCAGCACAGUAUCAUUGUAUUCCUCGGUUUAAGAACUUACUUCGCAAAGAAGCUUCACAACAAAGCAGAAGAGAUGCUCGAUGAUAGUAUGGAUGCCAUCACAGCGGAAACUGACACCGAGGCGGAAUUAUCUGCUGCUGAGAACACUAUUCUCUACCAUAUUGAGGAAAGUGCAAAAUUUUCCCGGAGCUCUGUAAUGGAUUUGGUUAAAUUAGUGAAAGCCUCCUCUCAUCUCCCUGACCUCAUUUUCGAUCCGUUCAUUCUAUCCAUCCUUCUAUCUGUAUCGUGCAUUGCUGCCUAUGAAACGCAGGUUUUGGAAAUGUUACAAAGUGCUGUCAGCUAUUGUGUGACCGAAGAAAGCAAGAAAAACGACUCUGCAUGGCUGUGCUCCAUCGUAAAAUCCAAGAGCACCAUGGAAUCUGUUUUAGUGCGCUUGACGAAGAGUCCUGUCUGUGAGCAUCAAAAGGUUUUGAAAGGUCUCCUAAACUUGAGUAUCAACCUUCUGAGCAUGGGCGGUGUAAAAGGUCGUGAAGAAAUCACGGAGAAGAUAUGGCGACUAGGAAGACAUGUGUUCGUUUCCCUAGUAAAAACUCACACACAUAUCGCUCGAUCUGCUUUGAAAACUUUAUGCGACCGUAUAAUCACAGGAAAUUCAUUAACACAAUUCACAGAGUGUUUAGCAUCUUUGUGCCAUUCCUGCUCAAUGCUAAUGGUCGAGAACGAAAACGAAUUAGUUGGAAUGCUGGAAUUUUUAAGUCAACUCCCAAGUUCUUUAGCUCAGCGUAUUGUCACUGCCCUAGUACCAUUGAUACAAAUAUCAACAAGAUUGAGAGACUAUCUUAUUCUAGUUCUUCGCAAAGCCUUAUUUUCUCGUGAAAUUGAAACAAGGAAAACAGCUGUGAUAGGAUUUUUGCAGCUUCUAAAGCAUCUGAAAAUUAGGGGCCUUACUGCAUUGAGUCAGGGCAGUAUGCAGAAUAGUGGUCCAAGUGUUUUUAGCCAGGUUUAUCUGGAUGUUCACACUCAGCAUGCUCCAAGUUCGAAUAAUAGCUCAGAAGCCAUUUGUCUUGAAGUACUCGGUGUCUUGAAGAAAUGCUUCUCUCAACAAGCUGUCGUGAAACUCUCUUUGUAUCAAGGUCUAUCCGUUGCCAUUGCGAACAAUCCUGAAUUGUGUGAAAGCGUUCUAGAGUUGCUGUUGGAUCAUUUCAGUACUUAUUAUGAGUCUGAUGAAAAUAUCCUGCUUCCUAUUUCUCUAGACAAAGUUGUUGUUAUUCAUGGGGCCAGUGCGACUCUCAUCGAACCAGUUGGAGAAUUAUUACUUUUGUUGGUUCAAGUUACAAGAAAAGCUAAUCAAAUGAAUGACGAGGGUAGCAGUGCUCAGAAGUGCUCAGAAAUAUUGGACUCCCUCGUCAAUCGGUUUAAUUCUUGUGAGUUGGAACAUUUUCAACUGGACGAUAACUCUGAUUUAUUUGACAUAAUGCCAGAUAGUUUGAAACGACAAGAAGAAGUUACGCAGAUUCUCGGUUGCCAUGAGGCUCUUAUGGGUUACAUCAUUGGUCGUUUGGAGGACAAUCCAGAAGAAGAAGAUGUGGUGAAAUUGUGCAGUUUACUCAAAGGCUACAACCGUAUCGUUGAUUAUGUUAAAAGAUCCAAUAAGCCUGGCAAAAAAAAAGAUGGCGAGAAAGGUGGCCGGAAAAAAAAGGUAGAUAAGGAAGGAGGCGUAGAGGUUAAAAUCAAACCAUUCAAAUGCCCACCAUCAAUUCUAACACUCAGCACUUGCUCAAAAUUGCUCUCGCUGUUGUAUAAGAAAAAUUCAGACCCGGAAAAUGAAGCAAUCACUUCAAUAAGAUCAAAAAAACCUCUCCAUGCAUAUGCAAUGCAGAGCACCCUAGAUGCCAUCCAGCGGAUGAAAACAGAAAGCAAAUCUAGAACCUACUUUAAACAGUUCUGUGAAAUUGCUAAAUUAUUAUUCAAGCAUUGUCUGUCAUCCUGGGACGAGUUGAUCGAAAUCAGUGAUGUUGGCACUGCUGCCAUGUGUUUGGAAUGUUGGUCAGAAAUCGUAACCAUCGUCACUACGAAUCAUUUGAACAUUUUCUCGCAGUUCUUAACCGAAGCAGUUGAUGUUAGUCGAAGCAAUGAUUACAAUGUUCAACUCAUUAUGAUCCUAAAAUGUUAUAAGGAGAUUCUUCGCUUCAUAAUCAGACAGCAAGAUUCAGAUGAUGAAGAUGAUGAUGUUGAGAUCAAGAAAUUGGAGCAAACAGCUGUCUCUGCUCUUUCCGUACUGACGAAUCAUUUCUUGUCUGUGAACCCAGACACUGAACAAGCCUUAGAGUGGGCAACUGAGUUUGCAGAGAAUAACACACUAAGUGUAAUCACAGACGCCAAGCAAUUCAUCCAUGUUUUAAUGCGAUUGUACAAUAAGUGCAAGACUGAAACAUUGCUGUAUGAUAAUUUUGCGACACAGUUCAACACCCUGUUUGGUACAAUCAACGAAGCUGAAGUUGAAACGAUUAGAAAAGAAUUCAAAAUGAUUACUGAGGGUAACAUGCUCCUCAUUUUGCCUCUACUCUGUGAGACUUUAAUGAAACGAAUCGAAUAUGUUGAUGGUGUCAUCGCGCUUUUGAAAGCCCAUUUGGCUCUCUUACCCCAUGCACCCAUUACUAUAUCCACAAUUGAUUCUCAACCAAGAGAGGAAGUUCUUAAUAUCCUAGAACGAGAGGUGUCUCAUCAGCUGGCGAUAAUAGGUGUUGUCGCUCAUUCACUUUCCACUGUCCAAGUUUCAAAUGGACCCAAUUCAGAAAUUCUAGUCAAAAUGCUCACACGUUACUAUGCAGUCAUCACUAGUCUAACUAAGCAUUUUGUCACACGCGCCACACCUCAGAAUCUGGUUCAUCGUACUGCGAAAUUUGAAAAAUUAGUCAAACUCGCUGGAUCGACUCUAUCAUCUCAAAUAGGUGACCUUCUUCUCCAUAUCGAGGAAUCAACAACCAAUGCAAAACUGAAAAAUGUUGCCAAGAAGCAAACCAUUUUCAUUCCUAAGCUGGUGGCUGAGCUUGAAAAUUUUCAACAGUAUGUCACUAACCUAAGCACCAAAAGCAAGGAUACUGCCUUAUCACUCAACUUGAAACUUACUGUUACCAGAGAUUUUAGACUUAACGUCAAAAAGUGCCAAGAAGUUCUCAACCAACAAAAUGAAGAGAAUGAAGAAGAUGAUGUGUCAAACAAUACCACAGCUUCCUCACAAGGGAACAGAUCUAGAGUCCAGUCUCAGAAUAAAGAAAAUGAUCCCUCCUCUCAGCGCCCUGCAAAAAGGAGAAAAACAUCAUAAACGUUUCAUCAAUUCUUCAUCUCUCUCACUUUCAAUGCCUUUUCAGGCAUCAUCCUUCUUGAUCAAGACUGUCAAGUGGAUUGCAUUUUGCAAAAAAGGAAUCAAGAGUAUUUAAAUGUUGCCAGGAUUCUGCAACUUACAUUCUUUGCAAUGAAAACAAUGAAAUCAUGCAAAAAAUUAAAAUUACAGAGGCAAUUGUUGUCUUGUAUGUAUUUUGUUUAGAUGAUCAGUUCAUAUUUGCAAGGUAAAAAUAGUUGCACAAUCAAGGUACAUUGGAAUACUCUUUGUUUCUUUUUGAGAAAUUCAAUCCAAAUGGUACUAUAUUAGUGAACAUACUUCUAUUUUUUUACACUUUCCAACCCAAAGAAAUUGUUCAAAUUCAGAGUAUUUCAAAAGCCAGCAAAUAGAACUUGUUUUUGGAUUCUAUUUUGAUACUAUUCAUCGUGAUAACAUUUCAUACAACAUUUCCAAUUUUUGUAACAGUUUGAAUCAUUCCUUAAUUUUUUGUAUCCACAAACAAUUUUUUAUCAAUUUGUAAUACUCCUUUUCCAGCUAAUACUACUAUUCUAAUGUUUUAACUUUGUCAUAUUUUUCGAGGUGCUUUAGAAGCUCACAUAUUUUUUAAGCUUUAUAAUUAUGAAAAUAAAUAUUUUCAUCAUACCU